CGUACUGCUUAGUGCCACGCCGUGUUUCAGAGCGCCCAGGCCACGAGCCCCUUCGAGAGUGGAGUCCCGAGCACAUAAACUGAAAGCCUAUUUCCGAAACAUUUCGAAAAACUCUAGUGAACAUUUUUGAUCGAGCCACAAGGCUGUGUGUGUGAGUGAAUACUUCAGUUGGAAUCCAGUCCCAGAAACCGAGUUGAAAGCCCGUCUGUCCUGUGCUCUUGCCCCCCCCCCUAUAGCCGCGACACCAGGAGCAGCAGCAUCCGUCGUCAUGCAGGUCUUCGAUAACAAUAUGCGCCGUGCCUCGCGCCGUGCCUCAUUGCGGCGUGGAUCGAUCUCGGCCCUGCCCCAGAAGUCGGCGGAGAUCCCCUGGGACAUAUUCGAGCGGCUCUCUAUGCCGUUCCUCUUCUGCCAGGCGGCGGCCAUCGUCAGCUCCCAUCUGCUGCACGCGCUGAACAUAUCCAGCAUCUCCACCUUCGCCGUCUUCGUGUGGUUCGCCCUGGCCACCGUGGGAGCUGUGCUCUUCUACCACUUUGUGAAGGUGUCGGCUUCGGGCAAGGGCGUGCUAAUCACCGGCUGCGAGGCCCCGCUGGCUUGGUACUUGGCCAAGAAACUGGACGAUCUGGGCUUCACCAUCUACGCCGGCUUCAACACCCCCAUCGAGGAGUCGGACGAGGCUGGCAUUCUCAAGGAGGAGACCUCCGGCCGCAUGAAGCUUUUGCACUUGGACGUUACGUCGGAGAAAACCCUUUUGGAGGCUGCCCACUUUGUGUCACAGCACCUGCCGCACGGCGCCCAAGGACUGUGGGCUGUGGUGCACUGCGCCCACUGGAUAGCUUUGGGGGAGCUUGAGUGGAUUCCAUUCGCGGUGCUGCGCAAAAGCUUGGAUCUCAAUCUACUCGGAGCCGCUCGCCUGACUCAAAUCUUCCUGCCGCUGGUCCGACGUGCCCAUGGACGCGUGGUGUUCCUCACCUCCGGCCUGAACCGCGUCCCAUCGCCCGUGCGUGGCAUCCAGUGCGCCACCCAGGCUGCCGUCGACUGCUUUGCCGCCUGCCUGCGCCAGGAGAUGCGCACACGGGGCGUGGAUGUGUCUGUGGUGGCGGCGGGAGAGUUCUCUCCCGGCAACGGCUGGCUGAACGAGACGGAACUCCGCGACCAGGCCAAGCAAAUGUGGAACCAGCUAUCGUCGGAGCAGAAGAAGACCUACGGCGAGGAUUACUACGAGGCGGCCAUGACGUCGGUGGAGAAGUAUUCCCGCGAGGCCGCCGAUAUCCAGCCCACGCUGCGUGUCCUCAUCGACGCUGUGACCAGGACCUUCCCCAUGGCCCGCUACACGCCCGUGACGGCCAAGGAAAAGCUGCAGAUCUUCCUGGCCGAGCACCUGGCCCCCUCCCUGUACGAGUCGGUAUACGGCGAGCAGAAGAAGUUCGUCUACUGAUCCGAGAACACCCUGACACCCCGACACCCCAGCCUCAUCCCCAUGCCAGCCCCGACCAGCCGCCCCUUGGAUUACUAUUGAUUGCUUAUGUCCCUUUUGCCAUGUCCCUCGUGGCUCCCUCGUGGCUCCCUUUUGUAUAGGGCAUUUAUAAGAAAACUGUCAGAGGAGGAGCGCUGACGGUCGUCAAUGAGCAUUUAGCUAUGUUUUUUCCCGAUUAUUUUGAUAAUUAUUCUCAAUUUAUGACAAUUUCCCGCGUAUCUGCAUAAUGUUAUUAUCCUUAGUUGCUAGAACGAAUUGUGAAACGAUGAAUGAUAAGAAAAAGUAAAAGAAAAACUAAAAUGAAAACAAAACGAGUAAA